AUGAGGAUCCCUGUGAUCAUUGACACAGAUCCCGGUGUUGAUGAUACCCUGGCCAUACUACUGGCAUUGGCUUCUCCAGAACUAGAGGUCCUCGCCAUAAUCAUCUCCUUUGGUAACACUGACAUUGAAUCAUCAUAUCUGAACAUCCUGAAACUCUAUAAGGCCAUCGCGAAACAUUUGGAGCAACACCCGGAGGAUCAUGCACGUUUCCCUGGCUACUCAUCCUCCACCAAGAUAAUUCUUGCCAAGGGUGCGGAUCAUCCUUUAAAAGGCGAUUUGCACAGCGCACAGUACUUCCACGGCCGAGAUGGUCUCACAGACAUCACGCACCGGCACCCAGAUUUAGACAUCAAGGAUAUCCCGCAGACCCAUUCAUACCUACACUUUGCCAACAAGACUGGAGUGGAGGUUGCGGCAGAGCUCAUAGCUUCUCGGCCCACGAGGAGUGUUACAUAUCUUGUUUUGGGGCCGAUGACGAACCUUGCACAACUUAUGCGCCGGCAUGGAGACGUCAUAAGGAGCCGUAUCGGCCGUAUCGUCUGUAUGGGCGGAGCCUUGGACGUUCCUGGUAACACAAGUCCGGUCGCAGAAUUCAACUUCUUCGCCGACCCAUAUGCUGUGCGAGAGCUUCUCACUCCCACCUCGCCCGAGAUGGGCCUUCCACUCGAGCGCUUUCUUCUGCUACCCCUCGAUCUCACAACUCCGCACGAGCUGCCGUUCCCUUACUACAGAGACAAGGUCGAUGCCGCUUUCGAGUCAACAAAAAAGCCGUCGAGAAGCCAGGACAAACCUCCCCUCGUUCACUUUACGAGCGCGUUUCUGGAGCGCACUCGCGAGAUUAUGAUUGAGUUCGGAAAAGACGCUAUGGAGUUGCACGACAUUGUGGCGCUGUGGUGUGCUAUUGAGAAUCUUCCUUCGCCCGACGACGCCGUGGGCGCCAUUCCGACAUUGCAACCGGGCUGGCGGGCGACGAAGAGAAAGUUCGAGGUGGAACGUGUCGGCGAGUUGACGCGCGGCAUGCUAGUGGUGGAUCGACGAGACGAUCCAGGAGCGUACGCUCCUGGUGUGAAUCGUGCUGAAGUGCAGGCGGAGCUUGACCGACACCACUUUCAUCACACAGGUGACUACGAGUCUACAGCCGUGCCAGCUCAGGUCGAGGUCGAGCGGUCCGACCAGACGGAACCUUUGCCUGAUAAUCCAGCUGGUAUUGCCUGUGUUGUAGAGACCCCAGGCUCAAGAGCACUGGUCAAGCUGAUGAUGGAGAGAAUAUGGGGAACUCAAGGUUAUGCCUUUGAUGAUAUGAGCUGA